CCUUGAAUUAGACAAAAUGAGAUUACGUUACAAGAAGGGAGUGUACCCUGAUACAGUAUAUCUUGAUCAUCAGGUGAUUGAUACUAGUAUGGGAAUGUAUGUGGAACCAUUGAAAGGACCAGAGAAGAAGAAGCAUGAUAGACAGUCUCAGGUGUAUGUUAUAAGAUGGCAUCCAUCACAAUGUUCAGUUGAUCCAAUAGAAGAAAUUAUACUGGAUAAUAGAUAUGAUCCUAAGGAUUUUAUUGGAAAGCUGUCAGAGUUAAGUGGAGUUCCUGCUAAGUAUAUCUAUCGUACAGGGAGUCGAUUAUUUCCAGUUGAGAUAUCAUGUCUUGAUAUUGAGAAUAAGUUGGAAUGGUAUUCAGUCACUUCAGGCAGAUACCCAUUAGGACUAUAUGGUGAUGGACAUGUCACAUAUUACAAGUACUACUGAACACACACACACAUUAUGUAUACACACACACUUACAUACACCUCUUA